GUGCGCAUUGUUUAGGCGUACAAUUGGCUUUUGUGUACAAGGUUUUUUUUGUGAGUUUUAAUUGUUUACAAGUUGAAAUUAAUCAGUUUAAUUAGAUUGAAAGACUUUUGGUGAGUGUGAAAUAAAAUAAGUGCUGUUAAAAUGCUAGAAACAAAGAGCAUCGCUGCAUUGGCAUUCAAUGAGACGCCGCGCAAACGCAAAAGGGAAACUGGAUUUGUGCCACCCUUAAAAAAAGAUGAUGCAGCUGCCGCUGCCGCUGUUGCCGUAACUGCGUCAUGCUUCACCAACGCUGCCUUCAGUUCGACGCCAAAGAAACUUAUCGGGCGUCGUCGCCUGGCCAAAGAAACCGAGAACAUAAAUCCAUUUGGCAAUCAUCCUGGCCUGGAAAUCAAAUCCAUUGCGGAUUUGGCAACAUCACAGAAGCAACAGCAACAGCAGCAGGAAAAGCAGUUGACACUGAAUCCCUUUGAAGUUGUGCGUCAUCCGUCAAAGAAAAAGAAAAGAAGCGAGCACGCUUGCUUUGAGAAUCCUGGACUUAAUCUCGAGCUGCCCGAGCGUCAAUUUAAUCCAUAUGAGGUGGUUCGCUGCGUUGCCACGCCCACCAAGUGCUUUGUGAACGAGGCUCUCAAUUUGCGUGGCAGCGAUGCUCCCGCUUCCCUGAAUCCCUUCGAGAUUCAUCGUCGCAGCGAGAUCUCUGCCGCUGCCAGCAAUCCAGCGGGCGUGACGAAUCCGGCACUCACCGAGGAACCGCUGCCGACAAGUCUGAAAAUUGGUUUACCAUUUGCUCCGACUCUGGGCUGUCGCAUUGAUUUCAAUGGCAUGGAGUUGGCCAAUUUGACGCCCAGCAAACUGUUUGCCGAGAAGCUUGUCUUCUCGCCGGUGACACCGCUGUCGCCGCUGAAGACGGGGGUGGGGAAACGCUCACUGGACGAUAUCAGUGAGGAGAGUACCAUGGAUAUUGGCAAGGAGCUGGAUCGUUAUCAGCUGGAGCUGGAGAACAGCAUAAAUGAGGCGAAGCUGCGCAAGAAUGGCAUUGUGGAGGAGGUGAAGCAGGUGGAGGAGAUGAAACUGGUAGAACAGCUGGACAGACGCAUCAUUUGCACAACGCGCAGGCGCACAUUAACAGAGAUUAUAGAGGAGGUCACAGAGGAGACAGCUGAAGUGGAAACGGGAGAGGAGAAAGAGACGAAAGAGACUGUAGAAGAGAUUGUGAAAAGCGGCGAUGUGGCCUAUGCCUCCGAAUCGGAAACGGAGGAGCUAGAGGAUGAGUUGGACUUUAAGGCGCCGGCACGCUUUGUCCGUGCCUAUCGCCCAGCGGCCACCGUUGCUCCAAUUAAAGCCAGCUCCAUAGCUGGCAGCAAGGAAUCGCUGCAAUCGAUUGCUUCCAGCAAAUCUGCCAAGUCUGUAGAGUCUGUGAAAGGCCACAGUGUGCGUAAUAUGUUACGGAAAUCCAUACGCAAGCUAAUGCAUCCCAUGCAGCAGGAGGAGAAGGAAAGGGAGAAGGAAAAAGAGCAGGAAAAGCAGCCGGAGCAGGAGAAACAUCAUGGCAACAUAAUAAGCAGCAUACGUCAUAGUUUACGACGUCGACCAAAGAAGGAGGAACAGGAGCCGGAACAGGAGACAGCGCCGCGUCCAGCGGAUAUAUCCAUUAUAGACAGCAGCGAGAGAACCAUGAAAUUGCGCUCCAAUGUUAUACAAACGGAAUACAUGCGCAUCGAGCAGUUGACCAAUGAGAAGAAACACACGCUGAGGAACAGCAUUCGUCGCUCCACACGCGAUGUGCUGCGUCAUGUGUUCCACAAGAGUCAGGAUGCCUAUGCGACAGCCAAGUGAGACUUCUCCCAACUUUUGAUUUCCUCAACAACUUGUCAUCAUCAUCUACAACAUCAUCACAAAUGUUCUUUAAGCACCCAAAGAUUGUCUACAAAGCACACAAAACAAAAUUGUCCUCUAUUUUUUU